GAGGGAUGGAAUGGAAUGGACCUGGUCCCAUUCUCCAGACUUUGUCUUGCGUGCCCUUCUCUGAAUUCUGCGCUUGAAAAGGUCUCCAGAGCUCACAUGGCCCCUCUCGUUCCAUUUCCUCUUGACGGCCUGCCUCUCUCUUGUGGUUGUGGCCUUGUGGGUUCCGGCGGGCUGAGCUGGCCACUCGAGACAAGCACGAGGAGAUAGGUCCCAGAGAUGGAGCCUCUGCCUCUCUCUUGCAGUUGCUCCCAUGGCCAUGGGCUACGAUUUCCAUGCCCGUAUCUCUGAGGUGGAUUAACCGGUAGCGGCCCAUGGAGGAGGAAUCCCACUGCCCGCUCCGGUGGGAGAGCACGGGCGACCAGUGGUGGUACGCCACGCCGAUCGACUGGGCGGCCGCGAGCGGCCACUACGACGUCGUCAGGGAGCUGCUCCACCUGGACGCCAACCUCCUCAUCAAGCUCACCUCCCUCCGCCGCAUCCGCCGCCUCGAGUCCGUCUGGGACGACGACAUGCGCUUCGCCGACGCCGCCACCAACCGCGCCUCCGUCGCCCGCUGCCUGCUCCUCGACUGCGAGUCCCGCGCUCGGCCUGGGGGGAACCGCCUCAUCCGGGCCGGCUACGGCGGCUGGCUGCUCUACACGGCGGCCGCGGCCGGGGACGCGGGCUUCGUGCGGGAGCUCCUCGGGAGGCAGCCCCUGCUGGUGUUCGGCGAGGGGGAGUACGGCGUGACCGACGUCCUCUACGCCGCCGCCAGGAGCAGGCACCCGGAGGUGUUCCGGAUGCUGCUCAACGCCGUGCUGUCAUCGGCCGGAGAAGACGGAGCUGGGGGAGGUGCUCCUUCUGCUGCCACUCGUGGGGGAUACAUGUUCAGGCGCGAGAUGAUGAACCGGGCAAUGCACGCCGCGGCGAGGGGCGGCGACCUGGAGAUCCUCAGGGAGCUCCUGCAGGGUUGCUCCGAUGCCGCUGCGUACCAGGACGCGCAGGGCGCCACCAUCUUGCACGCUGCGGCUGCAAGGGGCCAAGUUGAGUGGGAAGCUAGUAUUUCAUCAUUUCUUUUGCUGCAGCAUCAGGUGGUGAAGUAUCUGAUUGUGGCCUUCGAUAUCGUCAACUCUGUAGAUGACCAAGGGAAUACAGCGUUGCAUAUAGCAGCAUUCCGAGGUCACUUACCGGUGGUCGAAGCCCUGAUGACUGCAUCACCAUCACUUGUAUCAGCUAGAAAUGAAGUUGGUGACACGUUCCUCCAUAUGGCACUGACUGGCUUCAGAACUCUUGGCUUCCGAAGGCUUGAUCGUCAGAUGGAGCUCACGAAGCAUCUGGUCGCUGGAUCAAUCAUGGAUGUCAGCGAUGUCAUCAACGUGCAAAACGACGAUGGAAGGACCGUUCUUCACCUGGCAGUGGUUGGUAAUCUGCACUCCAGCCUCGUUGAGCUCCUGAUGACCGUGCCGUCGAUCGACCUGAACGUCCGUGACAACAACGGCAUGACUCCACUGGAUUUACUGAGGAAGCAGCCGCAGACAGCAUCAUCCGAGAUACUCAUCAAGGAGCUGAUUCUGGCCGGCGGUAUCUCGAACUCGAGGGAUCACGAGACGAGGUCCGCCAUUGCUUCUCAGCUGAAGAUGCACCACAUUGUGGGCAGCCCGGGGACUUCUUUCAGGAUCUCGGAUGCUGAGAUUUUCCUCCAUGCGGGUAUUGAUGCGUCAGGCGUCAGUGAAAGAACGAGAACGAGAACGACCUCAUUCUCUAGUGUUGGCAAGAGUGCCGAACUUGGAACCCUGGGACCUGGUCUUAAGAGGCUGAAUUCCAUGCAGAGCGCGGCAAGACACCUCAAGGUCCUGCUCAGAUGGCCGCUUCGCAAGGGGAAGAAAUCAGUCGGCAGCCCCAAGGAAUCGGAUGACGAUGCCUCCUCGGUGGAUUCUGUCAAGAGCUGGAGCCAUGUGGAGACCACCCCGACACCGCUGAGGCAGAGGUACUCCAAGGUGAGCUCCCUGUUCGGCAACAAGCGAACCUUGGCAAGCCCAUCAAUGAAGAUGAGGUCUGCAGCUGACCACACACUGCCUGAAUCUCCUUCGGUUUCGGCCUCCUGGUCUUCGUCGUCGUUGAUCGACAAGAUCGAAGCAGUCCAUCUGGACAAAGACGAACCAUCACCCAAUGCCACUGCGUUGAUCAGGCACACACCAAAGAAAUAUGGAUCUCUGAACAGUAGACUUAUGAACCAGUACUUUGGCACUGCAGCGCAAUUGGGGGAUUCAACAUCGGGGCAGCGGUCGAGACGAUCGCUUCUAUCAGUAGUCUGAUCAAAUGAGUUAGAUGAUGCCACUCAAAUUUGACACCGCCUGUUUCCCUGGAUUCGACGCUUAAAAGUUACAGCUACUCUGGUAGCACCAGAUAGACGACUUUAGUCUUCAUUGUCGGAGUCCUUGUGGUGUUACUGAGGAGGCCGAGAUAGCUAAUCAUAUAUGCUAAAUUACUAAUGUAAUUCGGUUCCAAUGUUAGUGUGCCUUUUGUGGGCUGGUAAGUGUAACUGAGAGCAUGAUUUGGAAAUGAAUGAAUCAUACAGUUAAUUACCAAA